AUGACGCAUUAUCUGGCCACGCCUACAGGAUUUGUUUAGAUUCGUCACCUGAUUUUAUACUUGCUAGGUUAGUGUAAAGUAGUCCAUUGCUAGCUAACAAUAAAGCCUGUUGAAUUAUUUUUCAUAAUUAAUAUAAUUGUUCUAUCAUUACCAUUCCUUGCCCAGUCAGUGAUCUACAAAGAGUGCUACUGGUGUUGUGUCCGGGGUGCUAGCCAGCUAGCUUGCUAGCCAACGAAAGUAUUUGGACCAACAGAUUGAAUACUGCCUGGCUAGCUAGCUACUGUAGGCCUGCCCAGACUGCUGCAUGGUGUCAUUGUACAGCAUGGAUGAGAUGGAGGGUGUGAGCCCCUCGUCCACAGCUGCGCCCAUUCCCGAGAGGCGUGCCAGGUCGCCUGAGCAGCAGACGGAGUCCUCCCCGCCCUCGAAGCAGCACUGCGAGCACCAGGCCAGGUCACCACGGCGACCCCAAGAGGGAAAGCGGUCACAGCGACGGCAAGAUGAUCACGAACAGAUGCUCGAGGAGUCGGAGAGGCAGAGGUUGCCAGACCAACACUUGCCGGACCAGUCAGGCCUCGUGUCAGAUACAGCGGAGAACUCCCCUAAGAGGAGGGCCCACUUUCUUCAUGGUCCAUAUCCUGCAACUCACUUCGGACCCAAAGCCUGUAUUCUUCCCAACCCGACCUCAGUUAUGCACAUCCAGGACCCAGCCAGCCAGAGGCUCACCUGGAACAAGCCCCCAGCCAACGUGCUGGUCAUCAGGAAGAUCAGGGACGAGAGCCUGGUGGAGCCCUUUAAAGAACUCUGCAGGUUCCUGGUGGAGGAGAAAGGGAUGAUGGUGUACGUGGAGAGGAGGGUUGUGGAUGACGCCACCUUGUCCCAGGACGAGACGUUCGGAUCGAUCCGUGAUCAGCUGUGUACCUUCAGAGAAGGUUAUGACGACAUCUCUGACUGCAUAGACUUGAUCAUCUGUCUGGGAGGGGAUGGGACUCUGCUCUACGCAUCCUCUCUGUUCCAGGGCAGUGUUCCUCCGGUGAUGGCGUUCCACCUGGGCUCUCUGGGUUUCCUGACGCCGUUCAAGUUUGAAUCUUACAAGACCGAGGUGGCCAAAGUGUUUGAAGGCAACGCUGCCAUCACGCUGAGGAGUCGUCUGAAGGUGAAGGUGGUGAAGGACCUGCUCCAGAGGGCACACCAGCAGCAGGAGCACAACGGCCUGCUGCCUCCUAGUCACUCCACCAGUGAGGCUGGCAAGGUCACCCUGCAGCUGCAGGUGCUGAAUGAGGUGGUGGUGGACAGAGGCCCCUCCUCCUACCUGUCCAAUGUAGACCUGUACCUGGACGGCCGGCUCAUCACCUCUGUGCAGGGCGACGGCGUGAUCGUCUCCACGCCGACGGGCAGCACGGCGUACGCGGCGGCGGCCGGAGCCUCCAUGAUCCACCCCAACGUUCCGGCCAUCAUGGUCACGCCCAUCUGCCCUCACUCGCUCUCCUUCAGGCCCAUCGUGGUGCCUGCCGGCGUGGAGCUCAUGAUAACCCUGUCCCCCGACGCCCGGAACACAGCCUGGGUGUCCUUCGAUGGCAGGAAGAGACAGGAGAUCCAGCAUGGAGACUGUAUCAAGAUCACUACGUCCUGUUACCCCGUGCCGUCUAUCUGCUGCCACGACCUGGUGUACGACUGGUUCGAGAGCCUGGCCCAGUGUCUUCACUGGAACGUGAGGAAGAGGCAGGCCAGGCUAGCCGAUGACCUAUCUGACGACUCGGAUACCGAGAACUGAAACAGCUGUUCGCCUCAAAGCGGUUACAUUUCCGAGCUUUUUCAAAAACAGGCGAAACCCUUCAGUUGAUGCGUAGGGACCAGAGCUACGGCAGAAUGCUUCUCCCGCUAAACUGGGGGCCUGAACAACACACACAAGCAUAUAUCAACCACUCUCAGGGUAUUCAUACUCUGACCACGCUGUAAUCAACUUGAGCAGUGAAUCUUUAUGAAAUUAUACUUGAAUAUCCGACGGUUUUACCCUACAACAAAUUACUGGAAUUAAAGUAAAUGGGUAGCAUGUUAUAUUUGGAUAAAGUGUAGCAUAGCAUCUCUAGAAGUCUGGCAUUCUGUUUAGAGUGAUCAGUGUAAAUGAUUUGUACAUAUUUGCCUGAGUACAGGUUACUUUUGCGUAAUAUUUAUUGAUUGAGUUUAUGGUGGCUAAAAAGCCCAUGUAAUUGACUGAAAGGAUUGACACAGAUGUGGUUUCACUUUAAACGCUUGUCUUUCAGAUCAAUCUUCUUUUCUAUAUUUCUAAUGUUUGCAGAUUAAAGCAUAAAUAUAUACAAUGUAAGCCUCAGAACAUUUGAUGAAAGGUUGAUGUACACAGCAUUUGUGUCUAAACUAGCAGGGUGUGCCAGUAUGCUCCAUUAUCUAUCAGAUUAUUCAAAGGAAGUAACCUAGAUAAUUACAUUCAUUAGAUACAGGCGUUUCUAAAUGUUUUGCAGACACAGGCUCAUCUUAUUUGUGAGUUGAUGUUAAAUUAAAAUGUAUUUCUUAGUUAAUACUGUGUUUCAUGCUCAAUUACAUUUCAGUUCUA